AUGGCUGAUCUCAACGCCGCCGCCCUCGACCACUUCGUCUAUCAACCAGUCACCAAGCAAAUGAUUGCCUACCUGGCCGGUGCUGCCUUCAACGUCAUCGCAUGCGACUCGCACCUCAUGCCUCCCGGCGCUGCGGAGGCACAGAAGAACAACCAGCUUCCCCCGACGCCUUCCAGGACAGAGCCGCGAUGCGUCCGCUCCGAAGACGCCGAUCUUCCCACACUAGAGGCCUUCAUUACCCAGCUCGUUGUCUCCUCCAACGUCCAGGUUCCCACACUCAUGUCAACCCUCGUCUACCUUGGCCGCCUCAAGUCCAAGCUUCAGCCAAUGGCCCGCGGCCUGCGAUGCACCACCCACCGCAUCUUCCUCGCCUCGCUCAUUCUCUCCGCCAAGUACCUCAACGACUCAUCCCCCAAGAACAAGCAUUGGGCCGCCUACAGCAACGCCGAUACCGACUACUCGACAUUCGGCUUCUCCCGAUCCGAGGUCAACCUCAUGGAGAGGCAACUCCUGCUUCUCCUCGACUGGAACCUGCGCAUCGAGCCCGAGGACCUGUACCGCGAGUUCGACCCCUUCCUGGCCCCCAUUCGUGACCAGAUCGAAGCCAAGCACGCCGCUCGCAUGGUCCGCCGCAAGCAGCGCGAGGAGGAGCAGCGUCGCCUCCGCCGCGCUCAGCAGGACGAGCUCUACCUCCAGGCCGCCUACCCUUCGCCCCCUUCUUCCCGCGAUACCUCUCGCUCCCGCCAGUACUCGUCCGAGGAGCACUACCACUCGCGCCAACACAGCAACGGUGUCGCCUCCAUCACACCUCCGCCCCUGGUCUACAGCACAAGUUACGGGUCCUCGAGCAGCUCCGGCAGCAUGUCCUCGUACGCCCGCUCUGUCGACAGCGCCAGCAUUCGCUCCCGCUCCUCGCGCGCCACAACUCCACCCGACGCCUAUGCCGAUAACGAGCCGUACAUGCUUCUACGGAAUCGUCCUGGCAGGUCAAGGGGUGGGGAGUACUAUAGCAUUGCCGUCCCUGGUCUGAAGAACCUCGGGGGACGCGGAAUAUACCAGGCCUGA